AUGGAUCUUGAAGAUCGAGGAUUUGAAGAAACUGUCCGGGAGAAAAGUAGGACAGAUCUCUACAACUAUAUAAAGCAAAGUUCUGGACGAUUACUUGAUGACAAGUUCGCAUACAUGAAGGAUUGUGUCAUUAGGGAAACUAAUUGUCCAACUGAAAAAAUAAGUAGUCUCAAAAAGGAAUUGAAACUGUUCAAAUGGCAGUUCAGACACGGAUGGUAUCCCAUGACUCCUACACUCCACAAAUUGUUGGUUCAUGGACCUACAAUAAUAAAACAUGCCAUAAUCCCUAUAGGCCAGCUCUCUGAAGAAGCGGCAGAAGCGAGAAACAAACACUUUCGGCAAUACCGUACUGAUUUUGCUAGAAAGUUUUCAAAAAUAUCUUGCAAUGUGGAUGUACUAAAUAGGCUUUUAUUGAGUUCAGACCCAUUGUUAUCGUGUACGCGAUCAAGAUUUAUGAAGAAUAAGAAGCCAUUCACAAAAGAAGCAUUGGAAUUUCUUAUACCAGAAAGUGAUGAUUCUGAAGAUACAGGAGCACAAUAUACGACAACGAUAGAUGAUUAG